GUGGGAGCGGCUACUACUCACCUCGGGGAAAAGGGGGUGGGAAAGAGGGGGAGCCGUGCGCCUCCCCCACGCCAGGUCCUUGGGGAGUGAGGUUGCAGCUGGGGGUUCUGCCGCUUGGGUCUCGCUUGGAAGCGCCUGGGGCAAGGAAAGUUUCCGGCUUCUUCUCUUUCCCCGCUUCUCCCUUUCCUUCUUUUUAUCCUCUCUGCUGGCCCGGUGGCACGAUGACGGCGUCUCCCGACUACCUGGUGAUUCUCUUCGUGACCACGGCGGGCACCAACGGGGCAAGGUUGGGCUCAGACGAGCGAGAGCUGCUCCAGCUCCUGUGGAAAGUGGUCGACCUGAGGAGUAAGGAGCUGGGGCACCUGCAUGACGUGCUGGUCCGGCCUGACCACACAGAACUGACGGCUGAGUGCCAGGAGAUCACCCAAGUGGAUGUGGAGAGCCUGGCACUGGCUCCACCGCUGGAGCAGGCAUUGAGACAGUUUAAUCAGUCCGUGAGCAAUGAACUGAACAUUGGUGUAGGUACUUCUUUCUGUUUCUGUACUGAUGGACAGUUGCACAUUAGGCAGGUUCUACACCCUGAAGCUUCCAAAAAGAAUAUUUUACUGCCUGAAUGCUUCUAUUCCUUUUUUGACUUGCGGAAAGAGUUCAAGAAAUGUUGCCCUGGCUCACCUGAAGUUAGCAAACUCGAUGUUGCAGCCAUGACAGAAUAUUUAAAUCUUGACAAGAACAGUCCAGCAUUUCCCUAUGGAGCCUCUCAAGUUGAAGAUAUGGGGAAUAUUAUUUUAACAUUAAUAUCUGACCCAUACAAUCACCGAUUUUCAGAUCCAGAAAGGGUGAACUACAAAUUUGAGAGUGGGCCUUGCAGCAAGAUGGAACUUGUGGAUGACAAUGCUGUUAUCCGAGCAAGAGGAUUGCCAUGGCAGUCAUCUGACCAGGACAUAGCGAGAUUCUUCAAAGGUCUAAAUAUUGCCAAAGGAGGUGCUGCACUCUGUCUCAAUGCCCAAGGUAGGAGGAAUGGGGAGGCUCUUGUGAGGUUCGUAAGCGAAGAGCAUAGAGAUCUAGCACUACAAAGGCACAAGCAUCACAUGGGGAACCGAUACAUAGAGGUAUACAAGGCAACAGGUGAAGACUUCCUUAAAAUUGCAGGAGGUACUUCCAAUGAGGUUGCACAGUUCUUGUCAAAAGAAAACCAAGUGAUUGUCAGGAUGCGAGGUCUUCCUUUCAAUGUAACAACAGAAGAAGUGCUGACUUUCUUUGGCCAGCACUGCCCUGUAACAGGAGGAAAGGAGGGAGUCCUGUUUGUCACUUACCCUGACAGCAGGCCAACAGGGGAUGCCUUUGUCUUGUUUGCUUGUGAGGAAUAUGCACAAAAUGCACUGAAAAAGCACAAGGAUUUGCUGGGGAAAAGGUACAUUGAACUCUUCCGGAGCACUGCAGCAGAAGUUCAGCAGGUGCUGAACAGGUACUCUUCCACACCUCUCAUUCCUCUCCCAACACCUCCAAUUCUUCCAGUAUUACCUCAACAGUUUGUGCCUCCCACUAACAUCAGAGACUGCAUACGUUUGCGUGGUCUUCCCUAUGCUGCUACUAUAGAGGACAUUCUGGACUUCCUGGGAGAGUUUUCUACAGAUAUUCGGACCCAUGGAGUUCACAUGGUACUAAAUCACCAGGGACGUCCAUCGGGAGAUGCUUUCAUUCAGAUGAAAUCUGCAGAUCGAGCUUUCCUGGCUGCACAGAAGUGUCACAAGAAGACUAUGAAGGACAGAUAUGUUGAAGUCUUUCAAUGUUCUGCUGAAGAGAUGAACUUUGUAUUAAUGGGGGGCACUUUAAAUCGAAAUGGCUUGUCCCCGCCACCAUGUAAGUUACCAUGCCUUUCACCCCCUGCCUACUCCUUUCCAGCUCCUGCUGCAGUUGUGCCAACAGAAGCUGCUCUGUAUCAGCCAUCCAUGCUUCUGAACCCACGAACACUCCAGCCCUCCACAGCCUACUACCCUGCUGGGGCUCAGCUCUUCAUGAAUUACACAGCUUAUUACCCCAGGUAAAGCAGAGGAGAACCCAAGCAACAACGAAGAAGUCUCUUUUUUCUUUUUUUUUUUUUUUUUUUGUCCCCAGCAAAUGCACAAAACUCACAAAAGAACAUUGUCUGCUCUGCUAAGGACUUGUAAUCCCAUGAACAGGUUGUUGGUAUCUUGUUCAGGGAAACAAUUUCAGGAUAACUAGGGAUUUUCCAAGUUUUAGAGUAUUGCAGGUAGCAAUGUUUGGGGGGCAGGGGGACUAAGUUAAUGUGUUUGGUUGGUUUUUUUUUUUUUGUUGUUUUUUUUUUUUAACCUAGGACACACAUUUAAGUUGGAUAUUUUUUAUUAUUUUUGUUUCACCUAACAUUCCUCUCAAACGUACUAGUUUGCUCUGUUAUGCCCUCAGUGGGAAUUGACAUUUGCAGUACUCUUUCCCAUGUCCAUAAAGAAACCCUUGGCCCCUCUUCAGAAUGGCUGGACUGGGGUCUGCCUUAGCAACUUCUGAAAUACUGCCUCUUUGUGUUUGUAACAAAGUAACUUUUGACCUUUAUGAUGAAAAUUGUUUACUUCUAUGAGUACAUAUUGUAUUGAAUCCAUACAUAAAGCAUAUAGAGGCAUGUGUUCUUCCUGUCCUCAUAACACCUCUCACAAAGGGCUUUUUGUUCUUCUGGAUAUAUUAGCUACCUGCUACAGAACAAAAUCUCUGGGUACCUGUUGCCCUCUGCAGUCAUGAGGCCUUGGAAGGAGCCAUGUUCCCUUUAAGCCAUAAACAAUUUCUCUGUUAGGAAAUCUGCUAAACAACUCAAGUUUUUUAUCUCUGCAGCAGGGACCAAAUAGCUGCUUAGGAAGCUGUUAAGCAAUAUGAGCACUUCAAUACUUGUAAGAUAACAAAGGUUUUCUUAUUACUUUACCUAUAUGUCUGUGAAAUGACUGUGUUUUUUUAUUAAAAUGUUUCCUUCACUCAUGAGUUACUUUCUAUAAUGCCUUCAAUAUCUGUUUUAUGGUUAUAAUAUUACCAAACUCAGCCUUGUUAAUGUAAGAUUAAGAAAAAUAAAAUUCCAAACUUGCACUGGCAAUAUAAAACAAGGUUCUCAAUAACAGUUCUAUAUUUCAUGAAAACACCGUAGCAGUUAGUCUGUGGUUACUGACAUGUUUUACUUAAGAUAAGAAUAGACUGGCCACUGUAGGCUAAAUGUCAGGCCCUAGUGAUUUCUCACUGAGUGAGUUCCCACAUGAGUCUCAUCACUGGCUGCUUGGGCUGUGGGCAUGUAUGUUGGUCACAGACUGAUCAAUUCUAAGCCCCAGAAUAUUCUUUUUAUAUUCUUGUCUAACUGGCAGUUGUUCACUGUUUUUAGGAAACCAUUAUUAUAUAGCUUCUCUGCCAAUUAUGAAUACUGCCCUUUUUAAGAAAAUAAGGAAAAAUUUCUGGAUUCAAGUUGGCUUCUUUGUUGUGGAUUCAGUGUUACGGUAUUGCUUUUCUAUCCAGAAUGUUUGAUCUACAAUUUGCAUGUACUCCAAUAGAUGUAGUGAUUCUUUGGAAAGGAUGUUUUUAGCUUGGUUUUUUGGGGGUUCGGUUUGGUUUGGGUUUGUUUGUUUCUUUUUUUUUUUUUUUUUCUUUAAUACUUACUGCUUUUCAGGCAAGUUCCUGUGCUUUAUCCAGGAUGCAAAAAAUAGAGUCCCUUUGAAGUAGCAAUAAGAACUCUCCUAAAUGUAGCUUUCUAGUUCUGAAGUUUAAGUCAAAAAUUAUGUGCAACAGGAAAGAAUGGGGUAUCCUCUGUACUAAGUGAUCCAUUUAAAAGCACAUCCAGAAAAAGUAAUAUAGAGCUUGUAGGUAAUGGUUAGACAAUGGUUCAUAAAUCUAACUGGUGAAUAUUUAUGGAAAUAAGGAAAACUUCUUUGAGCUGCUGCCAAAAGCUUCUACAACUUGUGUUUUGCAAGGUCAAGUUGCUUUAUAAUAGUCCAGCUCUAUUUUCUGCACAGAAAUCAGCCUAUGUGGUGGAAAGGAGGGAGGUAUUGGUUUGGUUUUCAGUACCUAUCAGAUAUCCUGAAACUCUCAGACUCAUCUUAAUGCUCUUGCAGCUUUGGCGAUGAAACCAGUGGUGUAAAGAAAUGGAUGCCUUCUAAGCUAUUAAAAUAGCUUUAGUGAACUCCUAAUGAAAAGGAGGGAGAGCAAGUAAUUCAGGAUCUGUCAGUCUUUGAUAUCACUGUUCAGCUUGUAAUUAUAUCUGGCAACAUGUUCUAACAGCAAAUCAGUGGUCUUGCUCUCUACCUAGUCUCAAGCUUUUAAGAAAGAACAAUAGGAUUCAUGGGAAGGAGGAAUUUUCCUUUAUCUAAUCCUGGGUGUACUAAAUGCUGUAUGAACAUUGGAAAUAACUGCACUACUUGGCACUUGCUAACACAUCCUAUAGAAACUUUUACUGUAUACAAACUUGGAAGCUGUGGCUACAGGGUAAACACUUUUUUAAAACAAAGCUAAAUCUUAGUUUAUUUAUUAAGUUCUGAUGCUGUUUUUAUCACUUUUAAGCAGUGCCUUCCAAUCCUCAGAAAUAUCUGUCAAAAUCCAUACAUGUAGUAAUACAUUUAUGCUUUUUACUUUUUAAAAAAGUAUUUUAAAUAGCAUAGUGGAAAGAGGAGAUUCUUAAAUGUAGGACUCAUAGCCAAAACAUGAUAUGGAAACUGCAACCUGGUGUAGGUUCAAACAAACUAGAUAAAUUCCAUGGCAGGAAAUUCAUUGUGAGUUAGUGAAUACACAGAAACCACACCUGGCUCAGGAAGUCCUUGAACUCAAAAUAAGUGGAAGAGUGUUCUUGUGUUCUGUCCCCUAUGGUAAAUUCUUGUGCUGUUGAACCAAGGUGGGUAGGUAAACUUGUUUGUUCACACCUUUCUGGGACUUGUCUUGAGAGAUACAGGUACUGCUUGAGAGUGUGGGUCUGUUCCAGUGUUUGUCUAAUAGUGGCUAAGCUGGGGUUAUGUCUCUGUUGGGCCAGUGUGUACAGUUCUCUCCAUUGGAGUGGUUUGAGUUAAAAGGCCUUUUUAUGUGAUAAAGGUAUGAUUCUGACACUUGCUGCACAGGGAAAUACAGGGUAAAAUCUUAGUGUUCUCAUGUCUGCUUAUGUCCCUUCCUGCUCUGCAUAAGAUAUGGGUUUUCUCAUUAUACCUUGUAGAAGUAUAUACUUGUGCAGCAUACAUAUAGCACUAAUAUUUGUGUAUGCGUACAUGCAGAUGUAUGUGUAAAAGUAAAAUGAGCAAUAAUCAAGGUUAGAAAAAAGUGUUACUUGUUGUCUGUGAUGAAUCAGAUUCUCCAUAAUGAUCAGCAAGGGAAAGAAGUGAGUCUUUUCUAACCUUGGUUAUUGCUCAGAUUCUUAUUGAAGCAUAGUUAAGUUACAGGGAAUUUAAAACUGGCAAACCUAGGAACAAGUGGGCGAUACCAUUCAGAGCUGCUGCCAGCAGCUUUGUUUACAUAUCUCUGUGUCUGGCUAACCAGCAUCACUUGACAGAACUAGGUUAGGAAACAACCAUAUGUGUAUUUAGCCUGGGAGCUCUGUCACAGAUGGAGAACAGCAGCAGCCAGAAACAAAACCUCUUUUAGUUGUACUCACAGCAUCAUAGCAACACUCUGGACCGCAUCUCUUAAACUCCUGUGAUUUUGUUUUUAUUAUUAUUUUUAUGCUAAGUAUGUCAGCUUGGAUUGCAUGAAAUCACAUCUGCAGUAAUGGACUCACUGGAUAUAAAAGCUUAUUGGUGGCUUUUAGUUGCUGUCCAGUAAAUGGAGUUCAAAUGUUUUAAAUUAAAUGUCUGAAUUUGGGACUCUUCAUUACCUGUCCUUGUUCUGUUGAACUGCCCUCCAUCAUGACUUUGUCAAAAUAACCUUAACUCUUUAGUUAAUGUCACAAAUUUGUCACCAGAAUGAUUGUUUGGGGGGACACUUAAUUAUUCACUUUCAAAAUAAAUGUAGCUUGGCAAGGAUUAGAACAGCAGGGAUGCCUUUAACUACUACCAUAUUUCAUUGGAGGAGGAAUGCAUUAGCAGAGAAGACUAAUUGUUGCAUGCCUCCAUAGGCUGUCAUUAUCCCUUCAUUUGUAGGUUCUAAUUAGUAAAACUGCCAUGGUGUGUGAAAGCAGCAGAACAGUAAUGCUGUGAUCAACAGCUAUCUGGAUAUCAGGACAGCAAAAUUAUUUAAAUUAAAAAACCAAACCAAACAAACCCCACCUUUCUUCAAGGCUGGUACAUCUCUUGAAAUGUUGUUAAUGGUAGCAGUGUCCAAGGUUUUACUCAGCCCACCAUAGAACUUGGAGACUGGUGGGGACCUCUUCCUUUUGUUAAUAUACUCAAUGACUUGAUUUUCAGGUAGCAGCUCUUACUGUCAUCUUCUGCCUCUUCCUCUGUUAACUAGUGAAACAACUGGAUUUGUAUGAGGAAUUAAUUGUUACAGCAGCAUUGUGCAAGCUUGCUACAGAGAUCAGUAUGAGUAUAGUUUUUCCUUUUGUCUAUUUACAACACAGUUCAGUGGUGGGAGAGAUCUGCCUGUUGUGCCUGAAGGCAUGUGUGUCAUCCAUGCAGGUGGCUUUUUAAAACACUUGCAAUGAUCUCAGGUUAUUCAUGGCACCAAAGUACAUUGCUGGAUGCUUCACUUUACUCAGAAGCAGCCUUCUACAGGGGUGUGUUGGAAGUCCCAGCACUACCCAGGGCAGACUAUUGUAGUCUUCUGUGGCAGAGCUUCUGGAUCCAUUCCCCCUGCUUAUUGUUGUCAUGUUACUAUGGCCUUAUCCAGCUGGGAAGUUGAUUUCAGUAGGCAGAGUGAGCAGCAGGUUAUCUGGUUAAAUGUAGGGAAAGUAUCUGUAUUGAGGGAGCUUUGUUUCCAGGGAUAGGUGGUAGGAGGGUUUUCUUGAAGGAGGAUGUUUCCAGAGGUAGAGCUGGGUUGAUCAUGGAAUAAGACUUCUUGGACUCAAAAGCACUUUUUUUUUAAUUAAAAAAAGUCCACCUUGUUGAGUAUACUAUCUGUAAUAUUCCUCCAUGAUUAUAUAGUCAGAGGGAUCUAAAUGUUUCUGUUUGAUUAACAGGUGGCCUGAUGGUUUAGUGCUCCUACUUCUGCUAUUUGUCAAGUUAUGCAGCCUUUCUUUAAAUGUGGCUAAACAUUCCAGUCCAUGGAACAGGAAAAUCAUUCCGACUGCAUAAAUACUUUUGCUAGUAACAUAUCUUGUUAGUUUUUGUGAACAAAUUACUGUGUUAAAACUUUCAACUUUGGUGCUUAUACCACAAAAUUUACUAUUAACUUUUGUAUGAACCACUUCUAAAAAAGAGAAGCUGCAUUUCCUCAUGGGCUGCUUUCCAGUAGUGAACACUAUAGACAUUUUGCUGUAAGCUUGUGUAUAUGUGCACAUUAUAGUCAUGUCCCAUACCAGCCCCAGGAGUAUUUAAAAUCCCUACCAAUUUGUGAAAACAUCUGCUCUUCACUGAAGUCUGGGAUCAUCUGUCAAAUUUUUUUGAGUAUUUCUGAAGGCUACUUGGUAAUGUGCGUCCUUUACUUUCUCCGUUCCUCCUGCUACCUUCAGUCAGAGGACCUCACUUUGAGCUGCUGCAGAGAUGCUCUGGGUCUGCUGAGCUUCCUAGGCCUUGAAAAGAGGAGACAUAGCUUAAUCUUGAAAACUAAUAGAUGAGUCUGACAAGUUCUUUCACUGCUAGUGCUCCUCUGAAUAUUAAAGGAUAUGAAGUAAGACUAACUUGCAAUUAGGACCUGUCUUACAGUCCUGAAAUUAAUAGAAGCUAAUCAGUAGCUUGAUGAAAGGAUAUUGCGAGUAUCUGUCACAAAGCAGACAAUAGUUAAUAUACUUCAUAAACAAAAAACUUUCAGGACUACAGAUAAAAAAAGUCAAAGGAAAAAUAGGGAUAGAAAAUCUGCAGGGAGAGAGCUGAAGCCUCUAGAUAGUGUCUAUGCACAUAUUUGUUCCUAUGUGCAAAUAGUACUGGGUAUGCUUGUGGUUCUGCUGAUGGACCUGCAAGAUACUUGGCAGAGAUCUGAAAAGCUGCUUGGUUAUGUAUGCUGACUGCUCCCAAAUCACACCCACUUGUAAUAUAAACCACAGCUUCCUUCUGGAUAUUGGUAUCUGUUAAGCAAAUGUAUAAUGGAAAAACUUGUUAGGAAAUCAGGAGAGACAGUGAACCUCAAUGUUUCCACCCAAUAUUUUAGUGAUGAAUAUUUGGGAUCCCUUGAGGUGUAUAAAUGCUGCUUGAAUGCCAAUAUCAACCUUUAGAACAUGUGAAAACUUGUUCUUGCAUCCAAAACUGAUUUCUGAAACUUAAUUGUUUUAUUUUGAGAUUCUUUGGAGAAUACAAUAAUCUCAGAAAUACUGAUUGGAAAAAAUACAAAAUCUGCCUGUUGAUGAGAUUCACGAAGAGGGAUCAGUUCAUAAGGAAAAAAGGUUUGCAUUGGGAAAUGCUUCAUACCAUAUUUGAUUUCAAGAACUAAAACUAUAUAAAAAGAGUUCAAGCUCUUGCACUGCAUUAUUGUAUAGUGGUAUAUACCUACUAAGAACAACUGUAGAAAUUCUGUUUGGCCUGAUGUAAAACAUGCAAGUCUUUGUUCCUGAGGCUUGUUUGAUUAGAGAAUAUAGGCUGGAAUACUUGUCUUGUAUGCCUGCCUAGACAGUUUUCACUAUGUUUUCAUGUGUCUUCUAUUGACUUCUUUUCCAUCUGGGGACAUGCCCACUCUAAGUCACUUGCUACUGUUCCUCUGGGAGGUUGUCACCCCUCAGUCUGGGUGAACAUAGAAUUGGCUGGGAACAGUCCAUAUGUUAUCUUCUCUUAGGGAGUCAGAGCAGGUAGCACCCUUAGCCUUUGAGAAACGCUUUGAAAGACCUGAAAAGGAAUAUCAAAGUUUCCAACAUCUACAGAUUGAAUAUUUUGGGCAUAAGAAAAUAUUUUUCUUUAUUACUCCUGUAUAAAUUAUAUUAUUGUGGCAUUAAUAUUGCUUUAAAACAAGAAAAACCUGUACCUUUGUGGCACUAACCUUUAUAAUCUGGCAGUUGCCAUUGACCACAAAAGAUGCUGUGUCUAAACAGUCCCUGAAACAUAAGUAAAUGGAAGUAAAUGCUGACACCUGUGAGGAGCUCCAUUCCCAGAUGAAUUUGGCAGAUACUGACCUGGAGCUUGCAUCCAAACUGUGGGUGGGCAUAUCUGCCAUGGAUUCAUAUCCUUACUCCAUAGCUACAUUACAAAAAAAAAAAAAAAAAAAAGGUUGGGGACAGCAUGUGAUGGCUAUAAGUUCUAAAGCUGAAUGGUGCACUGGUGGGGAAGACUUAUUUUUGGCUUCAUUAGUGUCAUAAGCUGACCCCUGGGUAUUAUGUUUGAGAAUCUGAGUGCUACAAAGGUGAACUGACUGUGGUAGUUUUUUAGGGAUUAGUAUGACUACUAAUGUAACAGAAAAGGCAUGCAGGAAAUGAUUAGUAGGAAGUGUUGUGAUAAAUUUGUAUGAAGAUGGUUCUCUACAGCAUAAAGUCUUACCUUCCUUCAGCUGUCUUUUCUGACAAUAGGCUCAAAAUUGACAAAAGUGAUUACAAGUGUUGUCCUCGGCACCAGAUUAUCUCUGCUAUCAAGUGGAACCACCAGUGAAGAUGUUGUCACAAAGAUACCCAGGAAGGCAGUUGGGAUAAACAAGCAUUAUAAGCAGUUCCUGUGGAAAAAGGAAAAGCAGCUUUCUUUCUAGACAUGAACAGCUGUUCCCUGUAAAAGCAGCAGUGUUAAACUUCAGUCAAUUUCAUUCACUUCCUGAAACACCUUGAAGAGGUUUCUCUGCAGGGAGGCUAUAAACAUCUAUAUAUUGUGUCCAGGAAUGGCUUGGCUGCUGAUUUACUUGUUACCUGCUGUGAUGAAACUCUUCUCUUCCAUACUCUGCUGCAUAAAGAUGAUUCAGGGCUUUGCAAAUAACGGGAACUUGGUGAGGUCAAGACUGAAAACUGGUAAGGACAUAUGCUUGGGGGCAAAUGUACCUACUGGACUUGGAAGCUACAGAGGCACUCAAGAGGAUGAGCUUUAAUUUAGGGAGGUGCAAUAUAGGCUAACAUUGUAGGACUCAUGUGGAGGGAGGACUCCUCCACAAGGCAUCUUAGGACAGUAGCCUUUGGGCUAAAAUUAGUCUUCAUGAAUACCAGCAUAGCUAAGGAUUGAAACACCAAUGUAAGGACACAAAGAGAAGACUGAUAGAGCCCAAUAGAAAUUUUUUCAUUAUGUUUUCAUAGCCUUGGGCUGGGACUGCAGAAGUGGAGGUCAUCAGAGCUACCUCUCUAGUGUGGUUUGGAGAGGUUAUCCCAGGUCUAAGGGGUAGCAUAGCAUUGAAAUAGCAAUGGAAAUGGUUAGGUGCUUGAUGCCAUGCUCAGGAGAUAAAGCAAAAUUGAGGUAGCUUUAAGCAAGCAUGAGCUCUUGAAGGAGUGAGUUCUUAAUUUUUUUUUUUUUUUCUUUCAUAAAAUUGAGUAAAUAGAAGAAGCCAGUGACAUCCUUCAGUAUUAGCACAACUUUAGGGGUGAGUGGUCUGUGCAAAUCUGUUUAGUAGUGAGCAUGUUAGCUUUUCCUUCAGAGACUUUGGGCAUGUGUGACUGUGCAGGAGGUGUUUGUCUCCAGAGACACUCUCUUGAGGUCAGUCAGUUGGGGCUGCCAGAGUCUGGGGACAGUGGUCUUCAACAAGAUCCUGUGUAUAUCCAUGUGCUGUGCUGUUAGGGAAAGCUGAUUAUCCCAGUGUUGUUUCUGUUGUUGAAUUGCUCUUAAUGCCAUGGUGGUGGGAGCAUUAUGAAUGUCUAAUUCUGCAGCCUGAACUUUAAUAUCUGCCCAGCACUCUAAGGGAGGUUAAGGUUGCACAGCCAGCUGCUGGCUCUUUUCUGCACUAGUUUGGCUUCUGAUUGCUUCCAUCUUAACUUGUGUUUGUAGUAUGCAGCAGAGGAUGGACUUGUACACACAAAUUAUGUGGCCAGGACAGUGUCCAAAUAAUGGAUUUGCAUUUAAAGGCCCCAGCAGUUAGACUUCCUUAGUGAAGGUAAGGAUAACAAAUCCCAGGAGAUAGGGUUUGUGUGUAUCAUAAUGUUUUAUUCAAAUAACCACCAUACUCAACAUAAUAUGUCAUUUGCUGCCCUGAGAAGGUGGCUACACUUUCCUGUGUCCAGAAUGUCAUGCUGCAAUAAGCAAAAUCCUAUGAAAUCCAUAAUUUAAAGGAUUUUAACUACUCCAGUCAUCUUAAGGCUGCUGCUUUGUAUGUUUCCCAGGGCUUCGAAUGCAUGCUGCUUUAAGCUUUAGUAGCAGUACUGAGAGCCUGCAGAAAGCUUCUCAGAGCCAGUUUUCUCUGUGGAGCAAAGUGUGGAGAUGAGGUUACUCUCCUAGCAAUGCACUAAAAUGAGGUGUUGGUUAGACAGAAUAAGCCACUUUCUUAGGUAAUUACAGAAUCCAAUGUCUAAGCUUCACACUGAUGUAAAAUUUCAGCAAUGAAGUAGUUUGUAUAAUAGCAGCUACUCUCUUGCUGUUGUUAGCUUUCUGAUCAAGGCACUUCAGCCUUUCAAGUUUGGUUUACUUGAUCUUCUGUAUAGGAACAAGCAAAGGCUGAAGUCACCCAGAAAGCAUUUGUGCAGAAAAAUGCAAGUUGAACUGCAAGGCAGUGUAUUGAUGGACCAUGAGACUUAUAGUGUCAUAGUCUCAAAGGAAGAUAUAGAAAUGUAUUUGCAAAAAAUGCUUCUGUAAUCUCUAGUCUUUGAAAAAAUAAGUAGUUAAAGAAGAGAUCAGAUUUUUUUUACGCCACUUUCUUUCCUCUAUUCUGUUUUUAGUUUUCCCUCUGAAAAAUAGCAACAAAACUGUCUGUUUUUUCUAAUUCUUCUGCUUUUGACACAGACAACUUAGCCCAGAGUGUAAUCUACUUCUGGUCAAAACCUUUACCUGCAGUAUCACCUCACUGUCAUCUGCUCCAAGUGUGCUGCUUUUGCAUGUGUUUAAGUGACCGUUUCAGCUUGUUGUCUAACAAGGUGGCCUUUGGCUGAAUUGAUGAAGCUAAAUCCUGUCCCUGCACUGACAGUCAGAGCCAUAAUUAGCUGCUUAGUGGCCUCCUGGUCUAAACUAUACUACAUCACUUCCCAUCUACUUAUUGUUGUCAUGCAGUGAUCAGGAUCAGGAAGCUUCCUUAUCCCGCUGGAAAAACUCUUGGGGUUUGUCUUUGUUUUCAGCCAGUUUACAGCUUAGCAGUGCUAGUUGCCUGUGUUGGCCCAGAGACAGGAAAGGAGAAGUGGCCAAAGCAGGCACUGAGACAUAGGAAGGGCAUUGCCACAUUGGACUUAAUUAUAAAGCUUCACCUCCAAAGGUAAAAGGUCAUAAAAUAGUGAAUAAAUUCAGGUAUACUCUUAGUGCAGUACUCGUAGUUUUAAUUACAUUUUCUAUUAAAGUUAUGUGUGUGUAAGGUGAAUACUAAAGCUUUUGGUUCUUCUGUAACGAUUUUUUAUUUAGGAAAUCAAGAAAUUAAUAUUUGCUUUUAUCAUGGUGUUCAGAGACCUGCACAACUCUUUCAUGCAGAUUCCUCUACCCUUUCUGAUGUUUUGAACAAA